CAUAGUGGCAGUACUGUUUGGUAUUUGGAAUUGAUCUCUCCCGAUGUAAAUAUUGUGAGCUGUCAAUAUAGACGUGAAAAAAAAACAGUGUCUCUUAAUGUAGCUUAAUAACUAACGUAAUUGAUUAUCUUCGUUUCGCAAUCGACAAGACGCAAUAUGACAGACGCGAAGAGCUUGAAGGAAUCUAUCGAGCAGUACGAGACUCAGCUUUUGCAAGUGGACACAACAUUGUCAAUUACGCCAAACGGUCCCGACAGAGACAAUCUUCUCAGUCUGAAGUCCGACAUCGAGGAACUCAUUUCGUUGACAAGAGAGAGCUUGCAAAGUCUGGAAGGAGAUAACGAUGAGAACGCGAAUGAAGAUGAAGAUUUUGACGACGACACCCAAGAUCCAUUGGAUAAGGAAUAUGCCUUGUUUAAGGCAGCACUGGAAAAGUCUUCGGAUGAUAACGAAAGCGGGAAACAGGACAGUAACACAACUGGCCUGGAUUCCGACAGCAUUGAAGAUGAACUGAAGGAGCUGGAAGGUAUGAAAUGCAAAGCCUCUUACGGCAGUUCUUGGGGCGGUAUUGGAUAUCACAAUGCCAUGGUGUGUUCCAUUCAUAGAAAUCCCGAAGAAGGGAUUAGAGACAUUCACGACAUCAAGGUUCGAGUUUUCUUUCUUAAUCCCACACACAAGGAGAUGAUUCCGUGUCCGUAUUUUCUUGAUGGCAGUUGCAAGUUUUCCGACAAAAAUUGUCAUUAUUCUCACGGAGAAAUUGUGCCAUUUUCAAGUCUAAAGGAAUACAAAGAACCUGAUUUCCAUUCCAUUAAAAUGGGAAGCAGAGUAUUGGCCAAGCAAAAGAGUAAUAUGUGGCACAGGUCCGUUGUGUUGAAAAUGCCCGAGAAAAACGGGGAAAAGUACAGAAUAAAAUUUGAAGCCAGCGGCAAGAUCAUGGAAAUCGAUUUGCAGGAUCUCUUGCCUCUUGACAGUGCAGAUUUGGAAAUGUCAGAUACGUCUGACGAUAGCGACGACGAGAACGAUGACGAUUCUAACUCGCCGUCGACUGACGAUUCGGUUCACAAAUCUCUUUUGACGGUACAGUCAGACGAACCUCUGGGAAAAUGGGAAAAACACACACGUGGUAUCGGUAGCAAAUUAAUGAUGCAAAUGGGUUACGUAAGCGGUGCCGGUCUUGGAAAACGCGGUGACGGCAGAGUUGAGCCUGUAGAGGCGACAAUUUUACCGGCAGGAAAAUCAUUGGAUCAUUGCAUGCAAUUGCGCGAAUUUGCCGGCGGCGACAAGGAUUUGUUUUCCGCUGAACGUAAAAUGCGCAAGCACCAACGGAAAAUCGAGCAACAAAGUGAGAGACAGUAUCAGAAGGACAAAGAGGACGGCAAGAAGAGCAAUGUGUUUAAUUUCAUAAACAAAACGUUGGGUGAUAAACCUAAAGACGACGCGGGCAACAGUUCGCGGGGCAAACUCAAGACGGAAUCCAUCAGAAACUUGAACGUAGCGAAUUUCCAGAUCGGCGAAGACAUAAGUCGAUUGGAGAAGGAAUCGUCGAAACUCAAAGAAUCAAUGGCGAGACACGCCAAGGGUAGCGCACUUUACAACAACAUUGUAAUGAAAUACAAUGAGACGCAAAAAGAGCUUACUAAUUUAAGAGCUUCCGAGAAGAGCAUAGUCGCGGAACAGAAUCAGAGGAAGAAUAAAGCUAAAUUAACUGUAUUUUAAUUCUGUACGAUAGCUUGUAAGGUGUAAAAAACAAUAAAGGUGUUUUAUCAGUA